AGGUAGAGAAACCCAUCAGACACGGGUGUUACACAGAAGAGCUCACGAAGACUACGGAGAAGAACACAUAAAGAGCACUCUUUGCGCUUUUGCAUUGCACAGAUACGCACACUGGAUUCGCACACAGCGCUGCAAGACUCUGACUUCCAUACAGUGAUUUAGGUCGAGCUUGGAUUUCAGCUCUCAUCUUGUGGACACGUUGCUUGGAUGAUAGUCAUCUGAAGGGAAAAACUGACUUUGAACAAACUCCACCACCUGAACAUGGCUCUUAAUGACUCUGACGUGGGUCUGGAGGUUGUCUUUGAGAUUGACCCCCUCCUGCAGCUCGCUGAGGUCCACCUUACACCUGACCCCAUGGUGUCAGCAGUAUUGAGUCCAUGGGAUGUGGCAAUGGGUGCGUCAGGUGCCCUGAUUUGCUGUGAGAAUGCAAUCAUCAUAGCGACCAUCCUCUCUUCUGCUUCUUUGCGGGCACCUAUGUUCCUUUUCAUUGGUAGCUUAGCUUGGGCAGACUUUCUGGCAGGUGUGGGACUGCUGCUGUACUUUAUGUCUCAUUGGUGUGUCCCUUCAAGAGGACUGGAGCUGGCUAGUGUAGGUCUACUAGUAAGUGCACUCAGUGCAUCUGUUUUCUCCUUGCUAGGCAUUACCCUAGACAGAUUUCUAUCUCUCCACCGAGCCUUGACAUAUGGUUCACGCCGCACACACACUCACACUCACUGUGCCCUGGCUAUGGGGUGGGCUCUGGCAGGCCUGCAGGGGGUGCUUCCUGCUUUAGGCUGGAACUGUCUGGACAAUGGACAGUCAUGCAGCGUGGUGUGGCCAUUGACCCGAGUGCAUUUGGCUACUCUGUGUGGAGGCUUUCUCUUAGCCCUGGCUCUCAUGCUGCAGCUCAAUGCCUGGAUCUGCCAAGUUGUCUUGCGACACUCCCAUCAGAUUGCCCUACAGAGACACACACUGCCCUCUGCACGCACACACACACGCCGACGUGUGAACACUCUCGCCCUUAUUCUUGCCAUCUUUGCCAGCUGUUGGAUCCCCUUUGCCCUCUAUGGCCUCCUUGGAGAUGGAUCAUCACCUGGCCUAUACACAUAUGCCACUCUGGUGCCAGUCACAGGAAACUCUUUGCUAAACCCCUUGAUUUAUGCCUAUAGAAACACACAUAUACAGCAAGCACUGAAGCAGGCUUGCUGCUGCUGCCUACCAAACACAUUUCACAAAAACACACACACGCCAAGUGAUGUUUAAAAGACGUCAGAAUCUUAUCUGAAAUAUGCCAUUUGGUGCCAUGAUAGAUCAUGCUUUAACUAACUGACCAAACACAUAUGCACAUGCACUCCAGGCAAAGAUUUGGACACAUUAAUUGGAAAAUAUCUGUUUUGACCGGAAUGUUAUGUCUAAGACCAAUAUUGAGGAUAAUUGUAAAGCAUUUCUCCUUUUGUUUAACACUCCCUUAUAAAGUUGGUUUAUAUGGUUAAGAUGCAACGAGCUUGCAGCACUUCAGGAACACUAAUUUAAACUAGUUUAGACUUUUAUUUGAUUUAUACAAAUUUCUGGGUAAUUGCAUAAUUAUUAAAAUUUUAUUUCAUAGUGGUUACAUAUUUAUUAUUAUUCUAAAAUAGAAGAAAGCAAGAAAGAACCCUGUGGAAAAACAUGUGUGUCCAUUCAUUUGACUGGUAGUGUCCUCUCCAUUGCCUCCUUAAGAAACCGUGCAAGUUGCCAAGACCUCAACCUGCCAUGUGAUACAUGAGUCACAUGAAUCACUCACAUAUUGUCCUGCAACCUAUGUGUACUGUCAUGUUUUCCUCUUCUGUUUAUGUUUGGUUUUAUUACAAAACACCUGAUAAAACUGUGUUCUUUCAUUUUAAGGAGAGAAAAGACCAACACAGCAGUAGAUUUCCUACUAUAAAAAAAUUGAAAUAUGAGUUUUAAACAAUGUACUUUUUUUUUUUAAAGAAUUGUAUUGCAUCAAUUGUGUUCAAUUUGUGCCUGAUAUUUUCAGACUCUGACAUUCAGAGAUACUACUGGAAUUUAAAAAAUAUCCGCACUUUACAACGACUUGACAAUUUGUACAAAUUUAGUUUGAAUGUUAUGGUUCAAAAUCUUUAUUUAUGUAUUUAUUGACUGAAGUACUUGACAUUCAUUAAAAUGAUGGAUGAAUGCUUUUAUAUUGUGUGUUUGCACAGGGUGCACAAAUGUCUAUGUGGAUGAAUGAAUAUGUAUUUUUUAAAAUGAAUUGUUUUGAGAUGAUCAUGUGUUGUUUAUAUAAGAAAAUAAAUAAUCAUUUUGAGUAAAAGGUUUGUUGUUUUGCUUCGUUUUAAUCUUGCAUAUUUUUUAGAGUUCACAGCAAUGGCUAUGAUGAGGUGUCGUAAGGCUGAUGAUCCAUUUGCAGCUUUUUAAAUAGCAAUCUCAUAAUCAAACAGGCAGGGCAGGGCAGGGCAGGCAAAGACCAUGAUGUAGAGCUGGCAGAAAUCGGAAACGGUAAGACAGGCAGCAAACAAUCAGAAAACAAGAAUACAGAAACACAAUCAAAACCGGAACAAGGAAAUACACAAGAAACACUCAGAAUGAUCGCCGAAACAGAUUGAGACUUCACACUGGUGUCAAGUUCAAGUUCAGCCUUUAUAGGGAGUGGCUGAUGAGGAACAGGUGGCGGUGCAAUCAGUGUCGGAUUCUUGGAAGUGUAGUCCGGAAGAGCUUAGUAUUCUGGAGACACUUCGGUGUUGGU